ACAUUUAGCAAAAAUGUGAGCGUGAGUGUGAAAGGGAGAGAAGGGGGCUGGGGGAACAGCCGGGAUACCACAGCCCCAGAGAGUGAGAGGGAGGCUACAGAUUUCAUGAGCUGAGGGCAAAUUUAAAAAAUAGACUGGUAAAGGGAAUCCAGUGAUGACGAAGAGUAGGAAAAUGUGAUGGUGUGAGAGUUCAGACGGUGCCGGGAACUUUCAUCAGAGGAUUUGUGAAGCUGAGGAGGAAGUGAGGACGUGCAUAUAAGAUAACUGCACCACCUCCCUAUCACGGUUCACUCAUUCAUCUGCCAUCAUGGGAGGUAAGUUCUGAAAAACAGCAUGCAGUCCUGGUACACAUAGUGCUGAUUGAUACUUUCUCACAAUAUACAUGUUAGGGGUGGUGUGGCUGGAUGGUUUUAUAAACAAAUGAUCAGUGAGUGCAGCGUUAUGAAAGAUUAUGUCUUGAACCUUUUCCUAAUAUCUUAUCUCUUUUUUUUUUGAGUUAAUGUUUGGAAACUAUCUUCAAUUAGCAAUCAUUCUGAUGAAUAGAGAAACUUCUCUGUUUAUUUGCACAACUUAAGUAUUAACACUACAUCAGGGAUAAAUGUCAUAACCAAACCGUUAAAGAGGACAGUUAAGCCUCACGUGGAAGUACAGUCUAACUUUCAGCUCGUUCAGUCAAACAAAAUGCUGAUUCUUCGGCUGUGGCAAGGGGGAAAAAAAUCAAAGCAAUUAUUGGUGAACUGGAAAUGCUUUAGCAAUUACACUGCGCCGUAGACCAUUCCAGUCUGUUCCAGUCAAGAGCAGACUGUGGUUUAGGUUGGAGUGGGAUGUUUUACCAGAGAGGAAACAUGGUUGAAAAGUCACGUUUUAAAUUUAUACUUGGAGUGGAGUGUUUUUUGUUUUCCUUUUUGUAAUCCAGAGACUAAGUUUCUUUAAAGUUUUGUAUCUCUAAAGGCCAUCACAGCUGCUUUGAUGCAUUGUCCCAAAAGUUUUGUGCGACUAUUUAUUUAUUUUUUACCCGAAAAGGGGAACUACACUAAGAUAAUAAAUUGCUCAAUGAAGGGCUGACUUUUAGUUUCCAGAAUCUGUAACAUAUCUCUGACUUAAACAUGACCCUCUUGCGCCUCACACUCACAGAAGUUAAGGAAAGGGAAGUGAUGAUGACAGUAAAACCCUAGAGGGAGCUGCUCCGUGAAACCACAUUUGGAGAAAUACAAAGGAAAAUUACAGGCCCAUUAGUAAUGGUUGGAGCUGCUGGUGGUUUAGGUAAUGUAGGUAAUGUAAGAGAGUUUGUUGUGUCAGAAAAGAAAAUGUCAGGCUUUUAAACUUGCAGAUGGUCAAUUAGUUUUUAAUGACAAUGUUUUUGUUCCUAUCUCAGCAGUACUGCAGCAUUAACUGGAAACCGACAAUGCAACAAAUAUACUUAAAAUGAGAGCAGCUGUGGUACACCAGGACGUAUGUGAACACAAGUUUUGAGAGAAAAAGUAAAAAAUAAAUGUUAAAAUUAAAUAUAAAGAGAAAGAAAGAAAGAAAGAAAGAAAGAAAGAAAGAAAGAAAACAAACUAUGGCAGUGCUUAUUUUGGAGGGGUCUCUUUAGAAAGUUACUUCCUUGGUAAAACUCUCUCUGCACCCUAAUACACCUCGGCCACUAAAGAACUACUCAUGCCUGCCAAGCUGAAGUUGCAUAAAUUUAAAACAGAAUUGGAUCAGUAAGCUGGCAGACUUUGUGUUUGGCUCCUCUGGUGCUGCUACAAACAGUGAGCACAGCCUCAACAUGUGCAAGCAGUCUGCGUUUUGAGAUGUUUUGUAGACACAACACAUUCAUUGUUAACUUUUGGUCUUAAAAAAUACCAUGUUCUCUCUGAGAAAAUACUUGGGGUUUGUCUUUCAACUUUUGUCUAAAAAAACUUUUAUGUGUGUGUAAAAAGGUUCUUCCAGGAGAGAAAUUCAGAAUAAAUUACUCUAAUGCAAAAAAGCUGCUUAGCAUGGUGAUGUACCAGUUAAUCCCACUGACAAUGCAGAUGAGUUGUGCUAAAAGCAACAGGCAACGCAGUGAAACACUGACUAAAUUAAUGGAAAUGUCUCGUUUUGGGUUAACACAGGAAUGCUGAGGCUGCAACAUGUAAGGACUGUUUCUAAUCAGAGCUGCACCCACUAAAACUGCCUUAUGGCAGUGAUUUAAAGACCAAAGACAACCUUUAGAGCCUGCUCUUGAAGUAAGAGAGUAAAAAUUAGGCCUGUCCUCGGUGACUGUUGGGGAAAAAUAAAUUUUUAUCAAUCAAAUCUCCAACAUAAUACAGCUAAAUAAAAACGCAACAAAUUGAAAUAAGUCAAAUAAAAUUCUCUUGCAAAAAAAGCUCUUGUUAGAUAAAAAGGUCAAAAUUUAUUCUAUAUUAAAAUUUAAAUCCCCUUAUAUGACUUUAACUGUUAGUAUUUUGUUAUAAAUGUAGUUUGAACUUUACCUGAAGUGUUAACAAAGUCAUUAUCACAGACUGGGGUACUGUCAAUAACAACAAUAACAACAUUCAUCAUAAUAAGAAAGAAAGAAAGAAAGAAAGAAAGAAAGAAAGAAAGAAAGAAAGAAAGAAAGAAAGAAAGAAAGAAAGAAAGAAAGAAAGAAAGAAAUCUGGUGUAUCAGAAAAAGGAAAAGGCUUAAAAUUGUAUUAUUGUGAUGAUUUUUUUAUUGCAUUCAGCAAUGUGCAGUUUUAUGCAGAUGUGUAGCUCUUUCUAGUAACACCACUUAUCGCCACAUUAAAGAGCUGGCUACCCAUAAAGUAGCUAAGCACAACCCCCUAUGGAAGCAUUUUUGGUUGUGAGGUAAAGUUGCAUCAAUACAGGACUCUUUAGCUGACAUAAAAACUGCCUGUUUUCACUUGUGCAUGUCUUUCAAAAAUCCUCUGGUCAUACUGACAAAAGACCAAAAACAUAUGUGAUACUUAGAUCAUGAGGAUAGGACAACAUUGGUACGAAGGAGUAUGCUUCCUCAAGGACCAUACUAUCUUUGUACUAAUCUUUGUAAUAUCAGCUCACAGAGAGAAAGUCCUUUGUCUCAUUUCCACUUAUACUAAUGCAGUUAACAGUCCACCAGGGCUAGACGGAAAAUUAAAAAGCUGUCAUGGGUUUACUAAUGGGAAACCUAGAGUUUCUGUAAUAAGAAGGAGGUAAUGCCCUUUAUUUUGUUUAUCUUGUCCUCCCUGACUGUAACAUUGCUUUCUCUUUUAUUCUGCAGACAUCAUGAAUCUACCCUGGACUCUUUUGCUUCUCUGUUCCCUCAAUGCUGUGGCUUGGGCAUGUCCAGAUAGAUGCAUAUGCCAAGAAACCAGAAUCCUCUGCAAUGGCCUCUCAGACUUCCCCAGCACAGUGCCUUCAUCAACCACUGCCCUGUACUUCUCCAACUGCACUUUCUCCUCUCUGAAACCAGAGGACCUGACAGAUUUCUCAAAUGCCCUCAGCAUCUUUGUGGUCAAAGACACUGGUCUGAAGGAAGUUCGCCCCAGCACACUUGAUUCCACCCAAAACAUAGGAGCCUUGGGGUUUACUGGCACCGAACUACAAGAUCUCCCUGAUACCUUGUUCAUAAAUCUCCAGAAGCUUGAGUCUUUAACUCUGAAGAGCAACAAACUAUUGGUCCUCCGGCCUAACUGGUUCUCAGCGCUGACAGGUCUUAAAAUGCUUGACCUCAGUAGGAACCAGUUCACCUCUGUACCUGCAGAAACUUUUCACCCUCUGUCUGAGCUGCAGCUUCUUUUUCUUUCUGGAAACAGUAUAAGCCAAAUAUCACGAGAGACAUUCCAGGGUCUUUCCAAACUGCAAACACUACGCCUUAAUAAAAACUCUCUACAGGAGCUCCCUAUCGGCAUUUUGGAUGAUCUUGGAAACCUGGAGGAACUUUCACUUCAUGACAACCAGAUCACUCAUCUCCAUCCUGACCUUUUCUCCAAGACACUGAAGCUGCAAAGGCUGUUCCUCUCUAACAACAGACUCACAUCUAUCCCACAAGGGAUCUUCUUAAACCUGCCUCUCCUCUCCCAGAUCUCCCUGUAUGAAAAUCAGCUUGAGACCCUCAGACCUGGGGUAUUUGGACCCACGGCUCUGAGGGAGCUGUGGCUGUAUGAUAACAAGCUGAGUCGUGUGGAAGAUGACACAUUCAGGAACCUAACCCAGUUGCGUCUCCUAGUGCUAAGUCGAAACCAGAUUAGCCAUGUAUCUUCUGGGGCUUUUAGAGGAUUGGAACAACUUGGAGAGGUUUCACUUCACACCAAUCAGCUCAAAAAACUCGAAGCUGGGACUUUCCAAGGCCUGCCACGGCUGGUCAACAUUUCCUUGGAGCACAACUUCAUCCGCUCUCUCCCUUUUGGUUUCCUCCAAGGUCUGAGCCACCUGGGACAGAUAGACUUGAGAAAUAACUCUCUUGCCAACCUGCCACAGGAGAGUCUGGAUGCCUUGAAUAUAGUACAGGAGGUACUCCUGCAGCAGAACCCCUGGAGGUGUGACAAAGAUAUCCUUCCUCUAAGAAACUGGCUGAGGCAGAAUCCAUCAAAAACAAAUCAAACUCUAGUUGUGUGCGACACUCCAUUCAGUCUGAAUGGUGAGAUCAUUACUCUGCUGGCAGAUGAGAACUUGGUGCCUCUCAGCUCUACUGAGGAGCCCAUGCUGACAUCAACAGAGAAGAGGAAACCCCAGACACCUCCAACUCAAAGGAGCACCUCCUCACCGGCUGUAAAAACCACCCCAUCCUCAGAGCCUAAGGAGGUAACCAACAGUAGCGGUGGACAAGGGGGGGGUGGGGUGGUUUCUCAUGACACUUCAAUCGUCCUUAUCAUCAUCGCAGUCGUGUCCACCGUCAUCAUCAGCACAGUCAUCAUCUGUUGCUUGUGCUGGAGGCGGAACAAGAAAGGCAGGGGGGACUUAAGCCGCAGAAAUAAGAACUCUGUGCUGUAGACUUGACCACCCAACACUAACAACCUGAGAGCUUUUAAAGCCACGAGGAACUGAAAUGUGGACUACAGAGUUGACUUUGGAAGGUCGAAGGCAGCAAGAUCCAUUUCAGCUCAAAAGUACAGUAUUGAAAUUAGCAGCUUUGCUUUGCAUUAACCUGAUUUACCAGCCAGUAUUCCUUCUCAUGUGUGCUUUAAAAGAGAACAGAUAUUAGGUGUUCUUGCUGUAAAAACAGCCCCCUUACCAUGUUGCCAAGUGGUCAUGAUGUUGAAUGUAAUCUCAGAUACCUGAAACAGAACUCCCCCUCUGGAAAUGAAGCCUGUGUUCAGUAUUGUCUUCAAUCUAUUUUCCAUUUUUUUUGUAUUAAUAGCUCUAGUUUGACUACAGUUUUUUUCCUUAAAAUAAUUCAUUUAGCGUAAAGUUUAACUCUGUUUUGUGAACUUGCUUCCAUGCAAAAAAACUAAGGCGCCAUUUUAACUCUAAUGAAAUGAAGAGCCUUUGGUUUACAUAACUCAGUUUUACUGUAAAAUUAAUAAAUGCACUAUUUUAGUUGGAAAAAUCUUACAUUGUGUUGAUCACUUUUGGACAAAAUGGGAUUUCAUGCAUACUUAAUGAAAAUGAAUAAUAAAAACAUGCACCCAUGCUAGUUUCUGUGUUAUGAAUUUUAGUGUCUGUAACUGCUGCAAGGUGCUCAGUGAUGUGAGUCAGAAGAUAGUAGAUUAAACUUUACUCAGUUGAGUGUUGUAAAGGGGGAUUUACCUACACACCAAGCUAAAAAAAAGUUCAAAAUAAAAUAUGAAGAAGCAUUAUCCAGACAAACCAUAGGAAGCAUGAGAUGAAUGGAAAAAAUGACAUGCAAAAGUACAUGAGCAUGAGUUCAAAAGUAUUUCAUUGUUAGUGUAAUUCAUGUUACACGGCCUUUUGGUAGACUUCUCCUAUGAUAAAAUAAUGAUUAAGAACCAGCAUGCUUCUUAAAAUAAUCGUGCACAGCUUAUAAAAUAUGAACAAAAAGUUGAGACACUGGGUUCACAUAAAAGGAUCCUAACAGAGCAUGAAACUAAACUGUUGUUGGAUUCACAUGAAACUGUAUUUUUUUAAUAAUUAAAUUAAUAAAAAAGUAAUAAUGAACAUUUAGCACUGUUGUCAAAUCAGCUGUUUCUCUGAUUUAUGUCUACUUUAACAGCCUGCCAUCUAGAGGAAAAGAGCUUGAAUAACAUAGGAAUCCUCUGGCUACAACCUUAAAUACACCCUUCUCUUGACCUGCAGGACAGAUAGCAGUCAAACUUGCUCUGAUGUCUAUUGUUUCCAGGCAACAGAAGUUUUUGAGUUACAGGAAAUUUAGUCAAAUUAUAAUAAACAAACUGGAAAUAGAUGAUCACGAAAGGAGAGAAAAAGAAGCAAACUACAAUCUGAAGUCCAGUCCUUUUUUCUUUGCAUCUUUUAAACAGUCAAAAUGUUUACAUCCCAUGCAAAAGGUCAAUAACAGAGGUGAAAGCUUGAGGAAAAAACUUCUGCUUGUCCUGAUGUCCUCAACAGAUAACCUCACAUACUCUCCACAUGAUGGUGAAGGUGAAAACUUUUAGCAAUCCUUUAAUUAUCCUUUAUAAUCAUAUUUAAAGUAAUUACAAUCAUAAUCAAAAUAACUUUAUCUUUAAGAAGGAAAAAAAACGAAAACUUUUUUUGAAAACUUUAAUAUUUUAUUUCUGAGAAUUAAAAGAAUUCUCAAUUCUAGUAAGUUUUGCUCUUAUCUGGAGCUGCAGACAUGUGCCACACCCAGCCCCACAUGGAGUGCAACACGGCUGU